CUUGACCCGUUGACGAACGUCCUGUUUGUGCGCAGCCUGCGCGCGCCCGCUGAUCUACACAAGCAGCAGCGGCACGCGGCCGCCGAGCGAAGCCCAUCCACAUAGUUUACAAAUCAGGCGUCGAGCUGUUGCGCGUCGCUACUAUCGCAGCAUCCUUCCCAGCAGCAGGGGGAAAAAAAGAGAAGCUAAACAGGCAAAAGUUUUUGGUGACUCGCGAAAAGAGGAGUCGCUAUGGAUGGAAAGGAGCCGUUCGCGUGAAUAAACAAGCAAAGACCCGGCGACGGCGUUUCUUCUCACGGUGAAAGAAUGAUAACAUAGCUGCUCCGCUGGCGUGGUUUCGUAUGAGAGGACGCGACGAGCUAAACUGUGGGAAAGUUUGAAGCAGCGACGGGCGAUGGCGCGGCAGCGCGGAGACGCCGGGACGAACGCGGCGUCCAAAGCGCGACGGCAGCGAAAGAAGAAAGCCAAGGAGAACAAAACCAGGACGGUCCACGCGAGCAUACGGCACGACCCCUCCAAGGGGGAGGAAAGCCCCAACCGACACUAUGCAAACAACAAGAUUAAGACCACCAAGUACACGGUGCUGUCCUUCCUGCCCAAGAACCUCUUCGAGCAGUUUCACCGCUUCGCCAAUGUUUACUUUGUGUUCAUCGCGUUGCUGAAUUUUGUCCCGGUUGUCAACGCCUUUCAGCCAGAGCUCGCCCUGGCUCCCGUGGUUUUCAUUUUGUCCGUCACUGCCAUCAAGGACCUGUGGGAGGACUACAGGAGACACCGGUCGGAUAAAGAGAUCAAUCACAUGGACUGCCUGGUGUACGGCAGGGCGGAGGGGCGUUACGUGGAGAAGUACUGGAAGGAGGUGCGGGUGGGAGACUUCAUCAAGCUGCGAUGCAACGAGAUCCUCCCUGCCGACGUCCUGCUGCUGAGCUCCAGCGACCCCGACCGCCUGUGCCACAUCGAGACGGCCACAUUAGAUGGGGAGACCAACCUGAAGCAGAGGCAGGUCGUCCGCAGCUUCUUCGAACUGGAUUGUGACUUUGACCCCUUGAAGUACAACAGUGUGAUUGAAUGUGAAAAGCCCAACAAUGACCUGAACAGAUUCCGAGGAUACAUAAUCCAUCGAAGCGGCAGAAGAGAUGCACUUUACAAGGAAAACCUGCUGCUGCGAGGCUGCACCAUCCGGAACACGGAGGAGGCCGUGGGAAUCGUCAUCUACGCAGGUCACGAGACCAAAGCCAUGCUCAACAACAACGGCCCGCGCUACAAGCGCAGUAAACUGGAGCGACAGAUGAAUGUAGAUGUGUUCUGGUGUGUCAUCAUCCUGCUGGUCAUGUGCCUGUUUGCUGCCGUGGGUCAUGGUCUGUGGAUGUUUCAGUACGGAGAUAAGAGACCCGUGUUUGACGUUCUUGGUCCAGAUGGGACCGACUUGUCACCCAUCAUGUCAGCGAUCUAUCUCUUCCUCACCAUGAUCAUAGUCUUUCAGGUCCUGAUACCCAUCUCACUUUUUGUGUCGAUUGAGAUUGUCAAGAUCUGCCAAGUGUACUUCAUCCAUCAGGACAUGGACCUGUACGAUGAGGAGACAGACUCCCACCUGCAGUGCAGAGCUCUUAAUAUCACUGAGGAUCUUGGCCAGAUGCAAUACAUCUUCUCUGACAAGACAGGCACCCUGACAGAGAACAAGAUGGUGUUCCGCCGCUGUACUGUAACAGGGGUGGAGUACUCCCACGAUGCCAAUGCUAGAAGACUUGCCAUGUACCAGGAGAUAGAUUCUGAGGAAGAGGAGUGUACGUCCCACGGUGGCACCCUGCCCCGGCGGGACAGCGUGACCAGUCACCAGAGUGCCCGGGUGGUGCUGCGCUCCCAGAGCACCAAGUCCCACCGCAGGACAGGCAGCAGGGCGGAGGCCAAGCGAGCCAGCAUCCUGUCCAAGCACACGGCCUUCAGUAGCCCCAUGGAGAAAGACAUCACCCCUGACCCUCAGCUCUUAGACAAAGUCAACGAAUGCAGCAGUCAGAUGGACUUUAUGCGCUUCCACAGCCAGCCCAUGUCCCAGCUGCCCUCUGACCUCUCUGACACCAUCGAUUUCUUCAUCGCUCUCACCAUCUGCAACACUGUGGUGGUGUCCUCCCCCAACCAGCCCAGACAGAAGGUCCGGAUGAGGUUUGAGCUGAAAUCUCCGGUCAAGACCAUUGAGGACUUUAUCAAACGCUUCACGCCCAGUCGACUAACCUCAGGCUCCAACAACAGCAGCUCCUCCAGCCUCAUCACAAACCGUUCUUCCAACAAGGGCUGCUCCAGUCUUCUGUCCUCCCCCUCUGCAGAGAGCACGCUAACCAAACUGGAUGAGGAGCAUCCUUCUGGAGGCCUGGACCACACCUUCAGCCCCGUCCCCCUCUGUUAUGACGCGAAGGCGCUGACCCUGGAAGAAGGUGAGCUGCGCUACGAGGCCGAGUCGCCCGACGAAGCCGCUCUGGUCUACGCUGCCAAAGCCUACAAGUGCUCUCUGGUUGGACGCCUCCCUGACCAGGUGACGGUGGAGCUGCCGCAUCUGGGGAAGCUGAAUUUUGAACUGCUCCACACGCUGGGCUUCGACUCAACCAGGAAACGCAUGUCGGUGGUGGUCCGACACCCUCUGACCGAUCAAAUCACAGUGUACACUAAAGGAGCAGACUCUGUCAUCAUGGACCUCAUCAAACCUCCAGACACAGGUAAUUCCAAAGGGAAGCGUCAGAAGAAGAACGUAUACAGAACCCAGAACUACCUGAACCAGUAUGCUGCAGAUGGGCUCCGCACACUGUGCAUUGCCAAAAAGAUUCUGACCAAGGAGGAGUACGCCUGCUGGCUACAACGUCACCUGCAGGCUGAGACAUCGAUUCAAGGGCGAGAGCAGCUGCUCUUUGAGUCGGCGCUGCGACUGGAGACAAACCUGCAACUUUUAGGAGCGACGGGCAUCGAGGACCGGCUGCAGGACGGUGUGCCUGAAACCAUAGCUUCUCUGAGGAAGGCUGGCCUGCAGAUAUGGGUGCUGACGGGUGAUAAACAGGAAACGGCUGUAAAUAUAGCGUACGCCUGCAAGCUGCUGGACCCCGAGGAGGAGAUACUGACUCUGAAUGCUGACUCUCAGGAGGCGUGUGCGUUGUUGCUGGAGGAGAGUUUACACUACAUCCAGGCCAAAUUCCUCUGCAGCUCAACAGAGCCGGCCACCAAGGCGCUGCACACUAACCUCGCACUCUUUGACAUCUAUUCCUCUUCAUCCUCCUCCUCCUCCUCCUCCUCCCACACCACGCCCUUCACGGUGCAUCGGCUAGGCCUGGUAAUUGAUGGGCGCACCUUGGCCUAUGCGCUGGACAAGAGUUUGGAGGACAAGUUCCUGGCUGUUGCUCGGAGCUGCCGCUCUGUGCUCUGCUGUCGCUCCACACCUUUGCAGAAGAGCAUGGUGGUCAAGCUAGUGCGGAACAAGCUGAAGGUCAUGACUCUGGCCAUAGGUGACGGGGCCAAUGAUGUCAGCAUGAUCCAGGUAGCAGAUGUGGGCGUGGGGAUAUCAGGACAGGAGGGCAUGCAGGCAGUGAUGGCAAGCGACUUUGCUCUCCCACGGUUCCGGUAUCUCCACAAGCUGCUGCUGGUCCAUGGACACUGGUGCUACUCCCGACUGGCCAACAUGAUUUUGUACUUCUUCUACAAAAAUGCUAUGUUUGUUGCUCUCAUAUUCUGGUAUCAGUUCUAUUGCGGAUUCUCCGGUUCAGCCAUGAUUGACCAGUGGUAUCUGAUCUUCUUCAACCUGAUGUUUUCUGCCUUCCCACAACUCAUCACCGGCACUCUGGACAAAGAUGUGUCAGCGGAGACUCUUCAACAUCUACCUCAGCUCUAUGUGAACGGCCAAAACUCUGAGGAAUAUAAGCCAUACAUGUUCUGGAUGAACAUGAUCGAUGCCUUCUACCAAAGUCUGAUCUGCUUCUUCAUCCCGUAUUUUGCCUACGCUGACUCUGACGUGGAUCUGUUUACAUGGGGAACCCCUAUCACCACCCUUGCAUUAAUUACCAUUCUGCUGCACCUGGGCAUUGAGACCAAAACCUGGACCUGGAUGAACUGGCUUUCCAUCGGCUUCAGCGUAGCGCUGUUCUUCACGGUGGCUCUGUGCUACAACGCCUCCUGUCCCACCUGCUACUCGCCCUCCAACCCUUACUGGACCAUGCAGAGGCUGCUGCAGGACCCCGUCUUCUACCUGCUCUGCGUGGUCACGCCGUUCUCGGCUCUGUUGCCCAGAUAUUUCUACAGGGCGUGUCAAGGCACGCUGUUUCCCAGUCCUGUCCAAGUGGGAAGGCAGUUUGAUAAACUCCCCGCUGAAACCCGCAGGAACAUCCUCAGUCUUAGCAGGGUCAAGGUGGGGUCUCCACUCAGCGCCAGGCCUCCCUUCCUGUCCCUCACCAAGCCCUUCACUAAUGACUGCAAUAAAAAAGACCAAAGGAGCUUCCAGGGCUCAAAGACAACACAGACCAAACAUGGACCUGUUUUACAAACAGAAGAAGAAACGGGUCGGCAAAGCCCGACGGGGACCACAGUCGGCGAGCAGGGCUUCUUGGAUCGCUACACAUUAGUCCCCACAGAGACAGACACUCUCCCUUACACCAAAGAUGCUGCUCCGCUCUCCACAGAGCAGCACUCCCCUCCUACCAAAGGCUCGGAGUGUCUCCGUAAGACGUUAGAGCUGUCCAGCUGGAACCCCUCAGACAGUGUCCAGCUCAGUCUGCCGCCUGACACCGACUCUCACUGUGUCAAAUACAUGAGGAACUCUGAGGAGAAGCUCGGCUCGGACCACGCCUUUCACCAGGCACACAGGACAAAGGCAGAGGACUCGCUGCACACCACCCUAUGAUGUCUUAGAGUUUUAUAUACGUCCUUCAAACUCCAAUUUGCACGAUAGUUUUUUAAGAAUCAAACUUUAUUGUAUUUUUCUAGAAAAUUGUUUUAUGAAAAAUGCAAAUAGGUACUUUAUGUUUUACUUGUUUCAAGCUAUUUUGAGUGUUGGAAUUUGGGCGAACUGGAAUGUUUCCCGUUUGCUUAGUUUUUACCCUGAUUUUUACUUCACGUAAGUGCAUCUCGGUUCCUGAUUGGGUUUUAAUGUAGGGAGGAGCGGAGGAGGGACAUUCCAAUGCUGGGUUGUUGGAGAGUUUGUUUGUUUUUUCCCAUCUUUGCCUGUAAAACCUGGAUCACAUUCCACUCAAGCCUUAGUCAUUGCAGCAUCAUGUUUAUAGUUGGAAGGCGCAUUAGAGUAGGUUAUUUCAGAGUUCUAGUACAUUUCAAUGCAGAAAACGAGAAAAUAGUGACAUUUGAUCGGAUUCACAAGCCUUUUUUAACUGAUAGGGUAUGCUCUUGAACACAACUUUAUGGGUUUGACACCCAUUAGGUGACAAAUUCAGACUCCAUACUUUGAGAAGUAAUCCUAAAUCAUGCUGUGUGCAUGUCUCUCGUUGAAGCUGUCUGGACAGUAGCAGCCGGGCAGUUUCCUAGUUUACUUAUAGUUUGGUAUUUGGGAAAAGCUUUAUUGUCUUAAUAGACAGACCUCAUCCCAGCAUUAAAAAGGAAAUCCAUGUUUGUUUGGACCGGAUCAUAGGGUUUCCAGGCAACCAUCCAUAUAUACUAGCUGCCCCCCACCCCAUUUCCUGUGCAUGUGCUGAGCUACCUGUUGUCUGCCUUAACAUCCGCACAAGAGCGCUGCACCAGGAACUGAGGCCAGAGCCUGCAGAUGGUUGGGGUAGAUUAGCAUCGUGAUUGGAAACACAAGUGGACCUUAAACUUGGCUAAACGUAAAGAGAAAAUCUGCCCACUAGCACCUCCAAAGACCCAUAAGUCUUAGGCUACAUGUUAUAUUUAUUUGCUUUCUACCAAAACUGGAGUCUUUUUGUCUCAAGCUUUAGGUGAGAUUGGAGCUGUUGAGAGUUUUUGCUUUUGAACACUUGUAUUGCUAUGUUUGUCAUCUAAAAAGAUGAAAUCCCCAAAACGGCCCUUUUGAGCCUUUGUCAACAACAAGCUAGCGUGACAUUCCAUUAGCUCCAUGCACCAAGUGGGCUCAGAAGGUCUCUGCUUUGACUCAGAUGCUCCAUGUAGAAGAUGUAGUGUGAACUUAGCACUUUGAAGGGAUUGUGUCAGGAUCCCCAUCCAUUAUUGUUGGUGCUGUUGACGUGUUCAGUGUGUGAAAGAAAUAUUCUUACGUCCGCAAACUGGGAAAAGUCUGGUAAGAUGUUGGAGGUUGGUUCAGAGCAGCAGCACCUUUAUUCUCUUUGUAUGUGUUUGUAAAGUGUGUCAUUUGCCAAAGAUCAUUUAUAUCUCUGUGUUUUCUAAGCAAUAGUAUGUGCCUUAACACUGGAUAAGAAAAUGCAGACCCGGAGUUUGCUUCUAAUGCUGAAUCUGUAUUUAAUGAAGGCUUUGUGUCUCUGCUCAGUGAGGAGCCUUCUGUCGGUGUAGAUCACACGCCGUUUCUUUGCUCCCCUUGUUUUUUUUUUUGUUUUUUUUUUGCAUCUCUAUCUCGUGGCAUGUUGCUCAGAUCCUGACUCUGCAGUCUGGUUCUGUGCUAUGGGGUGUGUGUGUGUCACACUUUUCUGUGCCAGAGUGAAGCUCAAUCUAUUCACUGCUGCCUUUCUGCAAAUCCACUUUAACAGGUUCCUCGCAGGAACGCGUUCUACGUAUCCGUUUCACAUUUGCUGUUGAGCCACGAGUUCAUGCUUCAAGGUUUAAUCUAAACAUGCUGUAGACUUAAGAUGGUUACAUGUCCUGGUUCAGUCCGGUCUGAGCCAGGAGGGAGCUGGAAACACUCGAAUCACUUCUUCACUUUAUCACCAGCUUGGGGAAUUUUAGGUUUUUGUUCAGAAGUGAGUUUUUCUUUGUGGCUGUUUCUCUGUUUCAAGGAUAUUUGUGAACAAAAUAAAGUUGUUAAUAAAGUAUUUACCUAUUGCGGCCUUUCUCCCCGUGUUCAGGAAAAUGUAGUUGUUGCUUAAUAAAAAGUUUCAUUGCUCAA